AUGGACUCGAGCGAUGUCGAGAAGGUGCUGUCGCUGCUCAAACGGCUGCUGAUGAAGAGGAGCAAAGAGUCUUCUUCGCUGACAGAGAAAGACAAAGCAGUUCAAAGCCUGUUACAGUUUUUCUGCCUGUGGAGUCACUGCCCACCUACGUGGUUGCACAAGCUUGUGUCAGACAAAGAGACUCGCGAAAAGCUCGCACUUGUGGGCGACGCAGCGCUGAAAUUCUACGUCAUCAAAGAGCUCCUAGCGCAGGGGGUCACGGCUCCUUCAGAGCUCCACAAGAAGACGCAAGAUAUCGUCACCAACGAGAGCCUUGCAAAGCUGGCCGGACAACUAAAGCUUACCGCCGCGUUAGGCAGCACGCAACCAGGGGUGAAAACUGCCGCAACUUUCAUGGAGGCUCUCCUGGGGGCGGGGGAAGUACACCUAAUGACCCACCUGUACUUUGUGACUCUACGUUAG